AUGCCCUUCUCACGCUCGUUGACGAUCGUCGGAUGCCAUUCCGAAGGUGAGGUUGGGGAUGUGAUCACUGGUGGAGUUCUGGAUGUCCCCGGAAAGACCAUGUACGAAAAAUUGGUACAUUUUGAGACCAAAGAGGAUGGCCUGCGACAGCUUCUUCUGAACGAGCCCCGAGGCAGGGCUUCGAUCAACACCAAUCUUAUUCUCCCGGCUUGCGAUCCUCGCGCAGAUGUCGGCUUCCUGAUCAUGGAGAGCAAGAAAACAGGGAUGAUCCCUAUGAAAGAGCCAUUCACUGAAGUGACUCUGGACACCGCUGCUGGGCUGGUGACCGUCACUGCCGAGUGUGAGGCAGGGAAAUGCAAGAGUGUCGAGUUCAAUAACGUUCCAUCUUUUGUUUUUGAACUCGAUUAUAAAGUCAUGGUGCCUGGAAUCGGACAGGUAUCUGUUGACAUUGCAUAUGGUGGCAUGAUGUAUGUUUUAGUGGAUGCAGCUUCGUUGGGCUUGAUGAUCGACAAUCAACAAUCUCGCCAGCUAGUAGAAAUCGGCGAGCGUAUCAAACGCGCCGUGGAAGCGGCAUAUACACCCAUACACCCCGAGAACUCUGGAAUUAAGGGAUUCAGCGUGUUGGAAUUCACCGAGCCCCUGAGAGUUGAAGACGGAUUCAAGGUAGCAUCAAAUGCCGUUGUUGUUUCUCCAGGGCGAUUUGAUCGUAGUCCCUGUGGGGUGAAAAAAAAGGGGGAGAUAUUCAAGCACCGCAGCAUCAUUGGCACUGAAUUUGUUAGCCGCAUUCGUGGAACCACCAAGGUCGGAGAAUAUCCGGCUGUUUUGCCUACUGUGAAAGGCCGAGCCUGGAUCACGAGCUUCAAGCAGGUCGUUCUUGACUCAACAGACCCAUUUCCACAAGGAUUUCGAGUAGGUGACCAGUGGCACAUUCCUCCAAACUAA